AAACAGUGCGCAUUAUAUGCAAAAACUUUUACUUUUAUUGCGUUUUUAUAGAAAUAUAUUAUUGUUGCGUUGUUACCUCAUCGUUCGCGCGUGUGCAAUAAUAGAAAGAAGAAAACUGGGGAAAACUUGUAAAGUGCGCCCGGCGCCGUAUUAAAAAGAGCCGCCCAGGACCAAAACAACAGCCAUACUUCCAACCUCCCUCCUUGAACAAUGAACAACGGCUUUAGCACCGGUGAAGAGGAUUCGCGUGGCGGCCACACGGACCAAACAUGCUGCCUUAUCGAUGACAUGGAGCGUUGUCGCAAUCAAGCUGGCUACGCGAGCUAUAGCAAACGUAUCCAAAAAACAGUCGCACAGAAGCGCCUUAAAUUAAGCAGCGACCCCAGUGCGCAGCAUAUUUAUAUUUGCGAUUAUCAUAAGGAGAGAAUACAAUCGGUGCGCACUAAGCGACGUCGCAAGGACUCCGAGGAUGAUAGCAACGAGACGGACACCGAUUUGCACGAAUUUCCAGAUCUAUACCAACUAGGUGUUAGCACGUUACGUCGCUAUAAGCGUCACUUUAAGGUGCAGACGAGGCAAGGCAUGAAGCGCGCACAGUUAGCCGAUACCAUUAUGAAGCAUUUUAAAACAAUACCCAUCAAGGAGAAGGAUAUUAUAACUUUCUUUGUAUAUAUGGUUAAGUCCGGCACCAAUAAGUUGGAUCAAAAAAAUGGCAUAGGUAAUGAUACCACUUGAACAGGCGACAGCAGCAGCAUCAGCGCUAUUAAUGCCGGCUACGCAUCGUAGCUAGCUGUCCUGCUCCCACACUUAUGUACACAGAUCCAUGCAUAUAUGAAUAGUUGAGAAUAUACGCGUUCGCUCUGGUUUUGUCGUCGCCCAACUACAUACAUACAUAUGUACAUACGUCAGCAUAGCGUACGACAUUAUCUAUUAUGUAUGUAUGUCUAAAAAAAAAUAAAUAAAUGUCGAACAGACAAAACAUACAACACUCGCUAACAGAAACACCUGCAUACCAAUAACAACAGCUACAGCAAAUCACGUACACACACACACACAGACACACACAAAUACAUGCUAUAUAUUCUAGUUGACAUCAGCGCAUCUCUGCAGCAAAUAGCGACGACAGCGCAUUGCAACAACACUACUGGUGCUCCUAAAAUACUUUAACGAGAAUGACCAUGUAUAUAAUUUUGGACUCCCAGGCUGAACGUCUCGGCACGAUGGUAAUUGUUUAAUUCAAAGUAGGUAAAUUAUAACGUUUUCUUGGCUGGCGUGAUAAAGCUAAGUAUUUCGGGUGCUGCCAACAAUUUUAUCAGCGACAAUUGUUAGAUUGGUCUUGAGACAUUCAGCCUGGCAGGUCAAAUAAUUGUAAAAUCUAUAAGUCGCUUUAAAAUAUACAAAAAAAAAAAGAAGAUAUAUAUAUAUAUAUAUAUUUAGGCCUAUUCCGACUUCCGAUUCUAUCUUCGAUACAACGGAAUAGCACGCACUAUUUAAUAAAUAUAUUAUGAACUGACUUUGCCUUGAAUAUCGAAACUUAUAAACUUUGCUGUGAGUCCGAAAAGUGAAGAGCUUAAGGAAUUCGAAGCAGGCCUAAUUAAAUAUAUCCGAGAAAAGUAGUCAUUUUCAUCGUUGUUAAAAUCUGUUACUUGCACAAGAUAUGAAAUAAUAAAUUAUGUAAAUUAUAUAAACUUUCUGUGGGCGUCGACACCAGCAAGAGAAAAACAAACUAAAAAAAGUAAACAAAAACAAGAAUAAUUAAAGAAGUGGCAAUAUCAAUCAUUCUCAAUAAUUAUAAUGAAACACCAAAAAGUGUAUGCAACAAAAAUGUUCAUUAGUCUUAUUUAUUUUUUUAAAUAAUCAUCUGCACAUGGCCAAAAUGCAAUCAAACAAAUAUACAUACUUGCAGCAACAAAUGUAAUCUGCCAAUAUAUAAUAAAAAUCAAUUAGAAAAACUUCAUAACAUUCUACGUAAAUAAAAUUUUUAUGCAACUUUUAUAAUUUAUGAUAUAUAUU